GAAUAUGAUGGAUUGGAGGGUAUUUGAGGGAUAGAGGUGUGUUUGGCCGUUGGCGCCUGGCGGGUUGAAUCGUAGGUAUUUGAUUCGGGUGGAAUCCGAAUCCCCUUUUCGGGUAUUUCAAAACCGCAGCGCGAACUAAAAGGAUCCGAUUGCAAGUCUCUCUCUCUCUCUCUCUCUCUCUCUCUCCCGGCGGCCCGGCUUCAUUGAUUCCGCCACCGUCUGCUGUUGACGCCGGCAAGUGAGCAGCAUCACCUGGUGUCGGAGAGACCAUUUCUCCAUUUCCCCAAUUUCAGAGAAGCAGCAACUGACGAAGUCCCCCUCCCUAAGGCUACAAUUGCAUACUGUUGGUAACAAGGAUGAUUUUCUUAUCAGCUCUUGAUCUCAAAGGAGAAUUUAUAGGUUUGAGGAAAUAGAAAGAAAAGAUCAGGAGUUGGAAAGGUCUUAUUCUCAAGCAGCUUGGUUCUGUUGGAAAUGGCAAACAGCAAAUUCGAGUAUGUGAAGUCCUUUGAAGUCGAAGACAGGCUCAUGCCUUCCACUUGGAUCGUCAUUAGAAUUGAUGGCUGCCAUUUCCAUAGGUUUUCUGAAGUCCACGAGUUUGACAAGCCCAAUGACGAGCAAGCAUUGAAUCUAAUGAAUUCAUGUGCAGUUUCUGUGGUAGAGGAGUUCCCAGACAUAGUUUUCUCAUAUGGCGUCAGCGAUGAGUACAGUUUUGUCAUGAAGAAGACAACUAAAUUCUACCAAAGGCGUGCCAGCAAAAUACUGUCCCUCACGGUGUCAUUGUUCUCUUCAGCAUAUGUCAUGAAGUGGAAAGAGUUCUUCCCGCAAAAAGAAUUGAAGUAUCCACCUUAUUUUGAUGGUCGAGUAGUAUGCUAUCCAUCCACUGAAAUUCUCCGAGAUUAUCUAGCAUGGAGGCAAGUAGAUUGUCACAUCAACAAUCAGUACAACACUUGUUUCUGGAUGCUGGUGAAAUCUGGUAAAAGCAAAAAUGAAGCACAAGAUAUUUUAAAGGGUACUCUAACGCAAGAGAAAAAUGAACUGCUGUUCCAACAGUUCAAUAUCAAUUACAAUAUGCUACCAGCCAUUUUCCGGAAAGGGUCUUGUGUUUUCAGGGCUAAGGUAGAAGAAAUCACAAAGUUGACUGACGAUGGUGAUCCUGUCAAAAGAUAUCGGAAGAAGGUGAUCGUGGACCAUUGUGAUAUAAUCGGGCCAAGCUUUUGGAAUGAGCACCCAGACAUCCUUGGCAAAUAGCUCAUAACACCAAGCUGACAAAAUACCCAGAAAUGUAACAGUGAGCUUUGCUGAGCCUGUGCACGUGUAGAAGACAUGUCAUGUAUUUGCAAAUGUCACAUUAAUACAAGAUCCAAUCCAUUCACAAGAGGGUUGCAACAUGUAGAUGCUCUUGCCCAAGAAUCAGGUCGGUCCAAUUCUGGUAGCCCACAGUUUUAUGAAACAAAUGUACUGCUGAAAAAAAAAAAAAAAAACUUGAUGAUUGAGGUUUUUUAACCUGUCCAACUGCUUCUAAAAUUAUUGCCUACCUGACAAAUGGAUUGGAUUUAUUUUUGUGUAAGAACGACUACAAGGUUGGACCCACAUGAUGAACUGUUUGAAUAUUGCACCUAUAGGCCAUGCUGGCACAUGGGUGGCUUUUACAUGAGCUGCCCUGCCCUGUAGCAAAGCUCUGUAACAGUUCAUUUUAAGUUAAAAACUUAGUUUGCACCUGAUGGAUCUCUUCUAUUUAUACAAUUCUAUGUUUUUAAGAAAUAGAAAAGUGAGAAAUUCACAACUUGAAUGGAUUUGGAUAUGUGAAAAACAUAGAAAUUAAGCUUUGAGAGGUUUGUUUGAA